GAGUUCUGUGGUCUCCGUUCUGCCUGGAAGUUCAGGAAGUUGGUCACCGCCCUAUCCCUCCUCCGCUUCUGCUAUCGUGGGGAAAUAGCCGUCGUCACCGAAACAAACUUUACCGAAACUGUAUAGAGCGAGGCUCUUUGAACUAAAUCCUUUCUUUUAUCUCUUUGAGGGCAGACAUCCGGUCAAGAUAGCGCUAGAGAGGGAACAAUACCAUUUCCGUGAAGGCAACUUUUGACAAACAUACCAUUCUCUUUCCUCCAUCUUGAAACUUUUCGAACGAAUUGUUAUUGAAUUCUCGAAAUGACAAACAUCAACACGGCUAACAUUAACUUCAAAUGGGACCCAAAGAGUCUGGAGAUCAGGACUCUAGCAGUGGAGAGGCUGCUGGAGCCCUUGGUCACACAGGUCACCACUCUGGUGAACUCAAGUAACAAAGGCCCAUCCAACAAGAAGAAGGGACGUUCCAAGAAGGCUCAUGUCCUGGCAGCGUCCGUGGAGACUGCGACUCGGAACUUUUUGGAAAAAGGAGAAAAGAUUGCAAAGGAGAGUCAGUUCCUCAAGGAGGAGCUGACUGCAGCAGUGGAAGAUGUCCGCAAGCAAGGCGAUUCAAUGAGGCAGGCUUCUGGGGAAUUUGCUGAAGACCCCUGCUCGUCUGUGAAGAGGGGUAAUAUGGUUCGUGCCGCCAGAGCCCUCUUGUCAGCAGUCACACAUCUGUUGGUACUGGCAGAUAUGUCCGAUGUCUACAAACUUCUGCUGCAGCUGAAACUGGUGGAGGAAAAUCUUGUGAAAGUGCGCAAUGCAGGAACAGAACAGGACCUCGGGAUCCAAUAUAAGGCCCUAAAACCAGAGGUAGACAAGCUAAACAUCAUGGCAGCCAAGAGGCAACAGGAGCUAAAGGAUUCCCACCAUAAGGACCAAAUGGCUGCAGCUCGCGGCGUUCUACAGAAGAACGUUCCCAUGUUGUACACGGCAUCCCGUGCCUGCCUCCAGCACCCUGAUGUGGCCGCCUACAAGGCUAACCGUGACCUGAUAUACAAGCAACUGCAACAUGCCGUUUCUGGCAUCUCUAAUGCUGCUCAGGCCACAACCACCGAAGACUCUGCACUCAAUCAGCCGCCAGGAGGCGGAGAACUGGCAUAUGCCCUCAACAAUUUUGAUAAACAAAUCAUUGUGGACCCUCUGGCGUUUAGUGAGGAGCGCUUCCGUCCAUCCUUGGAGGAACGUCUUGAGAGCAUCAUCAGUGGUGCUGCCCUCAUGGCCGACUCUUCAUGCACACGUGAUGACCGCAGGGAGCGAAUUGUGGCUGAAUGCAAUUCGGUGCGCCAGGCUCUUCAGGAUCUGCUGUCUGAGUACAUGGGCAACGCCGGUAGAAAGGACAGGAGUGAUGCUCUGAACACGGCCAUUGACAGGAUGACAAAGAAAACAAGAGACCUUCGCAGACAGCUACGUAAAGCUGUAAUGGACCAUGUCUCCGACUCAUUCUUGGAAACCAAUGUACCCCUUCUGGUUCUGAUCGAAGCUGCAAAGAAUGGCAAUGAGAAGGAAGUCAAGGAGUAUGCUCAGGUGUUCCGUGAGCAUGCCAACAAGCUGAUCGAGGUGGCCAACUUGGCAUGUUCCAUUUCUAACAACGAAGAGGGUGUGAAGCUGGUCCGAAUGGCCGCUUCCCAACUGGAAACUCUUUGUCCUCAGGUGAUAAAUGCAGCUUUGGCCCUAGCUGCAAAACCCAACAGUAAGGUUGCCCAAGACAAUAUGGAUUUGUUCAAGGAUCAAUGGGAGAAGCAGGUCAGAGUCCUUACUGAUGCUGUUGAUGACAUAACAUCCAUCGAUGACUUCCUUUGUGUGUCUGAGAACCACAUCUUGGAGGAUGUGAACAAGUGUGUCAUCGCUCUGCAAGAGAAAGAUGUGGAUGGUUUGGAUCGCACUGCAGGGGCAAUUCGAGGCCGCGCUGCCAGAGUGGUCCAUGUGGUCACUUCUGAAAUGGACAAUUAUGAACCUGGGAUCUACACCGAGAAGGUCUUGGAGGCCACCAAGCUUCUCACUGACACAGUGAUGCCACGGUUCACAGAACAAAUUGAGUCUGCAGUGGAGGCCUUGAGCGCGAACCCCUCGCAGCCCGUCGAUGAGAAUGAGUUCAUUGAUGCUUCCCGCCUCGUAUAUGAUGGCAUUCGAGACAUUCGCAAAGCUGUACUUAUGAUCAGGACUCCAGAAGAGUUGGACGACUCAGACUUUGAAACCGAAGACUUUGAUGUUCGCAGCAGGACCAGCGUGCAGACAGAAGAUGACCAGCUCAUUGCUGGCCAGAGUGCAAGGGCUAUCAUGGCUCAGUUGCCACAAGAGCAGAAGGCAAAGAUUGCAGAACAAGUCGCCAGCUUCCAGGAGGAGAAGAGCAAGCUGGAUGCUGAGGUAUCCAAGUGGGACGACAGCGGCAAUGACAUCAUUGUUUUGGCCAAGCAGAUGUGUAUGAUCAUGAUGGAGAUGACCGACUUCACCAGGGGGAAAGGACCAUUGAAGAAUACAUCUGAUGUCAUCAGUGCUGCCAAGAAAAUUGCAGAGGCAGGAUCAAGAAUGGACAAGUUGGGUCGCACCAUUGCCGACAAUUGCCCGGACUCGACCUGUAAGCAGGACCUGCUCGCCUACCUGGAGCGUAUUGCCUUGUAUUGCCACCAGCUCAACAUUUGUAGCAAAGUCAAGGCUGAAGUUCAGAAUCUGGGAGGAGAGCUGGUUGUCUCGGGGUUGGACAGCGCUAUGUCCCUCAUUCAGGCGGCAAAGAAUCUGAUGAACACUGUGGUGUCCACCGUGAAAGCGUCCUACGUCGCCUCCACCAAAUACCACAAGAACAAAGGAAUGGAGGCUCUCAAUAUGCCCGCCAUUUCGUGGAGGAUGAAGGCACCUGAGAAGAAGCCCCUGGUGAAGAGGGAGAAGCAGGAUGAUGGCCAAACAAACCGGGUCAAGAGAUCUUCUCAAAAGAAGCACGUCAACCCUGUGCAGGCUCUGAGCGAGUUCAAAGCUAUGGAUAGCAUCUAAAUCCUCCUCUUUUUGUUUAUAUAGAGAUCAAGCUUUGCAUUUUAUCUAAAAGAGCUUUUAACAUAUUUUUGAAGAUCUUUUCAUAGCUGGUGUGUGUGCACGAGUGAGUGAGUGAUCCAUCUCAAGUUCAUCAGAUCUGGUUUGCUUGAUGUGCUUCAGUGGAAAAUAGAGAAGCAUCAGGCACAGGCAUUUUUCCUUUAUUUUUUCCACUUUUUUCUGUCAUGUUAAUGGUAGAAAAUUAGAUUUAUAUGUAUGAAUUCAUGUGAUCGUUUUUGUAUUUUUGUCUAAUCUACUUUGUAAUACUCUGCUGAGGUUUUUUUCCCCCCCGUGAUGUCUGACUAUGACCAAGUAACAUCAGCACUACAAAUAGAGACUAUGCAAACUGCCUUAUUGCAACGAUGUUUGAAACACGUAUGGCUAAGUGAGAUAUGAAUAUGUUUUGGACCAGCUGCGACAAACCAAAGUUAGUAUAUAUUUGUAUGCGCUCACAUCUGUCUAUACCACACAUGCUGUAUUUUACUACUCAGCCUUUAUUUUGGCCAUAGAAAUGAUACGUGUACUAUAACGGCGCAUAGUUGAAGUCCAACCGGGUGCCGUUUAUUUUCUGUCAAUGAGACCAACCUCCAGAACUGAAGACUGGGUCCAAAUGGAGGGAUCAUUAUAUUUUUUUCUCCUCCCAGUCUUGGAGGCAGGUGUGGAAAGAAAGAAAUGGGUUUCUCCCCUUGUCCUCAUGCUUAAACACUACUCCACCAUCUACAUCAUUAAAGCUUUAAACGUGUCAUUAGACAUAACAGUAGAAUGAUGUGCUUUUGGAAAUCGUCCUGUUUGGUUCUGUGCCCGUUUGACACUAGUAAAAUAAUCCCAUACGGGCAUUUAUGUAUUGACGACAAGUAAAUAAUACAUUUUCUUCGCUGCACAACCA